GGUUUCAUCGGUUAAUUCACAGAAACGGUGUGUGACGAUGGCUGCACGACACAGGAAAGAUCGGAGCUCGAUCGUAAGGCAAAGGAAGGAGAGACGGUGGUUCCCGGAGGAACUGGCGGCAAAAGUCUUGAAGCCCAGAACACCUGGCGGCAAAAGUCUUGAAGCCCAGAACACCUGGCUGAAGAUAUUUAUUUUGGUUGGAAAAUUAAUUAAUUGAGGAAGGCAGCGAGGAGGGAGUAAAGGAGGACAGACGAGGAAGGAACGGGUGGGAACGGGAAGGCUACGAAGAAAUAGGCCGCAAAGGAUGACUGAGUAAAGAACAGGCUGGUGGGGAACGUUGCCCGUGAGGAGGGCAUUGAGAUUGACGUGAGUAAGUUCAAGACCCGGCAAGCCAACGAAUGAGGACGGUUUCUUUUUGAUAAAGAUAAGUAUCUUUUUCGGUCGGCCAAAGAUAAGUGUCAUUUUUAGUCGGCCAGUGUCCCUGGUUGGGGUAUACUGUAUACCAUGUAAAUAGCCAUUAUUUACCUAAAAAAAAAAAAGCCUUUUUAUUUUU